AUUAGCUGGUUUUGUAUACCACACCAAACCACCAAGCUUUCGAUCAUCUCCUUUUUUUGCAAAUACCAGUUUAUUAUGACAGAUGUUAUUUGUUGUUGCAAAUACCAGUUUAUUAUGACAGAUACGUCUACCCAAGGGAUGACAAAUGAGAUUAAAAGAAGAAGAGCUACUAGACCUACAUGAUGAUCAUCUUAAGGAGCGACCUAGUCUGACAACACCCUGGUUACCUCGUACUAACUUCGUGUCUCCCACAACUAACACCCCCUGGUUCCCUGACUAUUACCAUGAGGAAGAAGAAACGCCGGACAAGUUUGCUCAGAUAUCAACUAUGAUUAUUUUCGUUGUGGGCAUGAUCGUCCUGGGAAUUGUUGUGUAUCAGUUUGUCUUGAAGAAGUGUAAAGACGACGAUAUGCCCCCUCAAAGAGCAGGCGCCCCACCCGCCCUCCAGUCGCUGAUAACUGCAGCUACCCGCACCAUCUCCAUUACUCACUACGAAGAGUGUAACGGUGACGAGGACACACCUCUGGGUAUCAGUACAGACAACAAAUUGUUAAGAGGAACCCUCUCUGAAGAUGAGGACGGGGUACCAGAUCCUCCAACUUACCAGGAAGUCAGUUACAAUAAGGACAGAUAUCAUGGACAACCUCAGAGCAAUGGACAACCUCAGUGUGAAGGUAUCCGGAGUUAUCCGGAUCAUAGGAGUAUUCUGGAUUCUCGUCCGUUGUUUAUUGAUGUUGAACCAGCAACACCAUGACGCCUUGAAGAGUUAAGGCAACUGUGAAGUCCUCGUGUUUAACCUUACGAUGAAGGCAAAGCUAAAGGAUUAGGUUUGGGUGCUGCAGAAAUCACCAUUUAAUUUUAUGAAUCAUGGUUCAGAGAUAUGGGUCAAAACUUAAAGGAAAUCAGAAUAUGACUUGAAGCAAAGUUUUG